AUGGAUGUCAAGAAUGACUUUCUUAAUGGGACUCUUUCUGAAGAAGUUUACAUGAAGCUACCACCUGGUAUUUCUUCUCAUCCUAACAAAACCAUAUCCGACCUACAACAUUAUCUUGGUCAACAUUUUGAGAUGAAAGACCUUGAAUCUCUCAACUACUUUCUCGGUCUUGAAGUCUCUCAACGCUCUGAUGGUUAUUUGUUAUCUCAAGCAAAUCUUAUCUAUCUAACAGUGACUCAUCCAAAAAUUGCAUAUGUUGUUCACAUUGUCAGUCAAUUUAUAGCUGCUCCUAGAACCAUCCACUUUAUUGCUGUUCUACACAUCCUUCGUUAUGUUAAGGAAACUUUGGGACAUGGCCUUCAGUUUUCUUCUCAAUCUUCUCUUGUGUUGUCUGGGUAUUCUGAUGCAGACUAG